CAAAAAGUUGUGAUGCUUUUCUUCACCCAGUGCUUUGGGGCUGUGUUAGAUCUCAUUCAUCUCAGGUUUCAGCACUACAAGGCGAAGAGGGUCUUCUCCGCUGCUGGGCAACUUGUCUGUGUGGUAAACCCCACUCAUAACCUAAAGUAUGUGUCCACCAGGCGUGCCGUCACACAGAGCACUCCCGAGCCAAGUGGCUUCCAUCCCCACCAUCACAUCCACCACCACCACCGCCACCACCACCAGCAACAACGCCACCAUCACCACCACCGCCACCACUCCCUGCCUCACCACCUUCACCACCAGGAGGCAGUGUUACACGAGGCCCCACUGCCCCUCUGCAUCUGCCCUUUAUUCUCCUGUCAGUGGGAAGGCCAGCUGGAGGUGGUGCUGUCCCAUCUGAGGCAAAGCCACAGGAUUGGCAUCCUCCAGGGGGCAGAGAUAGUCUUCCUGGCCACGGACAUGAACCUCCCGGCACCAGCUGACUGGAUCAUCAUGCACUCCUGCUUGGGCCACCACUUUCUGCUGGUGUUAAGGAAGCAAGAGAAGCACGAGGGCCACCCGCAGUUCUUUGCCACCAUGAUGCUGAUCGGGACCCCGACUCAGGCUGACUGCUUCACCUACCGCCUAGAGCUCAACAGGAACCAAAGGCGCCUCAAGUGGGAGGCCACCCCCAGAUCGGUCCUGGAGUGUGUGGACUCCAUCAUCACUGAUGGGGACUGCCUGGUACUGAACACCUCCCUGGCCCAGCUCUUCUCUGACAACGGCAGUCUGGCCAUUGGGAUUGCCAUCUCAGCAAGUAAGGUCCACGACCCUGAAGUCGAGAUCUAG